GCUCCGCUCCGGGCGCGCUUACUCGGUCGCCGGCCCAGCUGGCAAGGAGAGGGGGCGUGGUCUCGGGGCCUCCUCCAUCCUUGGGCCGAGACGAAGGGAUGUUCUCUGCUCAAGAGGAAGCCGACAGGACGGUGUUUGUGGGAAACUUAGAGGCUCGAGUGCGGGAAGAGAUUCUGUACGAGCUGUUCCUUCAGGCUGGACCAUUAACCAAAGUGACUAUAUGCAAAGACAGAGAUGGAAAUCCAAAGUCUUUUGGAUUUGUCUGCUUUAAACACCCAGAAUCGGUAUCUUAUGCCAUAGCUUUGCUGAACGGAAUUCGUUUAUAUGGAAGACCAAUUAAUGUGCAGUAUCGAUUUGGGAGUUCUCGCUCUUGCGAACCAGCCAACCAAAGUUUUGAAAGCUGUGUUAAGAUAAAUUCACACAGCUACAGAAAUGAAGAAAUCAUGGGCAGAUCUUCCUUUCCCAUGCAGUUAUUUCCAACUAAUAGUGCAGCUUUACCUCAAGAAUAUUUUUUCUUUCAGCACAUGCAGUGGCAUGCUUACAAUCCAGCACUGCAGCUUCCUUACUAUGAGGUUACAGCACCGCUUCCUAACAGCACAUCGCUGUCUUCCUCACUGAAUUGUGUUCCAGAUCUGGAGGCUGGACCCAGCUCUUACGAAUGGACUCACCAACAACCGAGUGACUCUGACCCUUACCAGAUGAAUAAACGAAAGAGGCAAAAACAGACUAGUGAUAGUGAUAGUAGCACAGAAAACAAUAGAGGAAAUGACUAUAGCCAAAAGUUCCCAAAGAGUAAGAAAAAAAGAUACUAGUAUUUACAUUCAAAUGAAAUUUGUCUACACUGGUCUUAGUUCCUUUAAAAGAAAAAGAAUCUGUAUUCUACUAAGCGACCGAUUUCAUGGCUUUCUGGUCUUCUCUGAAGUAUAUAAAAAUAAGACAUCUGACUUGCUAUUCAGUUUUUGUCUUGAAUGACAAAAAAAAUGUGUUUUUUUGUGUUUAUAAUGGUGUUACUAACAAGAAAUGCACUUUGAGUUGCUAUAUUUUAGUACUGAUGAUAAACUUGCACUAAACUGUUAAUCAAAAAUCACUUCCUGAGCGCUUCUGGAUAAGGCACCAUGCUCUCCAACAUUGCCACCUCUAACCCUCAGCUGCAAACCAGCUGAGAUUAGAGUGGGUAGUGAAUUUUCUGAAAGAAACUGUUACAAAUAUUUAAGACUUGCAUGUUUUCCAUAACGAAGACAUAAUUAGCAGAGUUAAUUUCCUUUAUUACUAAUACUUUAUUUUUUAUGUCCGAAUGUGUUAUCUCAGAGCCUUACUCUCAUACAGGUUUAUUAUUACAUAAAGUGAGGAUGUACGACUGUGAUACCAAAGGAAUGAUGACUAUCACAUGGCUAGUUCUUGGUUCCUUCCCUUUUCAUGUGAUUGUAUAUAAAUAGGAAUACCUGCCUCUUUACUUCCCAUGAUUUAACUGUGUUUUAUGAAAAUUAGUUGGCUAUGUUGGUAUAUAUUAUCCACUUCUAUUGCCAACUAGGUUUGAGUGAGUAUAUUUGACACAUUUAAAUCUUGAUAAGUAACAAUGAAUAGAAUGAUAAUUCAUUAAUGUUUAAUAUGUAUUGUUUAUCAUCAAAUCAAGUCUCC